AUGGCUGCGACAAGCAAACAAUGGGUGGUUGAGAACAUGGACAAUGGCUUCGAUGGACUGGUCUAUAAGGAAGCCUCGAUCCCACAAAUAGGAGAGAGUGAGGUGUUGGUGAAGCUUCAGGCAGCUUCGCUGAACUAUCGUGAUUUGAUUAUUCCCAAGGGCAUGUACCCAUUCCCGACCAAGCUUCCCGUUGUCCCCGCAUCGGACGGCGCGGGCGAGGUCGUUGGGGUCGGAUCCAAGGUGACCGAGUUCAAGAAGGGCGAUAAAGUAGCGACGCUCUUCAACCAAGGUCAUCAGUAUGGUCCAAUCGACAUUCCUGCCACACAAACCGGUCUGGGUGGUGUGAUCGACGGCACGCUUCGCGAAUAUGGUAUUUUCGCCGAGAAAGGUCUUGUCAAGGCCGCGAAGAACCUCUCCGCGAUUGAAAACAGUACUCUUACGUGUGCUGCAUUGACUAGCUGGAAUGCCCUGUAUGGCUUGAAGCCUCUGAAGCCGGGUCAAUAUGUCCUGGUGCAAGGCACAGGUGGUGUCAGCAUGUUCGGCUUGCAGUUCGCUAAGGCCGCCGGUGCGACCGUGAUCGCGACCACAUCCUCUGCAUCAAAGGCUGAGAAGUUGAAGCAGCUGGGUGCGGACCACAUCAUCAACUACAAGGAGGAUGAGAAUUGGGGUGAGACUGCUAAGAAGUUGACCGCCGACGGUGCUGGUGUGGAUCAUAUCAUCGAGGUUGGUGGUUCGGGAACGCUCAAGCAGAGCUUCAAAGCCAUCAAAUAUGAGGGAGUGAUCAGUGUGAUUGGAUUCCUCGGUGGUGUCGACCCGAAGACCCAGCCUAGUGUUGUAGACACCUUGGGCCACAUUUGCACCGUUCGUGGUGUGUACGUUGGUAGCAAGGAAUUGAUGAGAGACAUGAUUCGUGCCAUUGAGGCCAACGACAUCCAUCCCGUUGUGGAUGAGAAGGUGUUUGGUCUUGACGAGGCUCGGGAGGCGUACGACUACAUGUGGGCCCAGAAGCACUUCGGAAAGCUAGCUAUUAAGAUCAACUAA